AUGAAUGAUGGAGUUUUGCCAAUAAGACUAAUUGGCACUACGGAUGCAGCUGUCGUUGACAGAUUUUCUCUUUCAUCAAGAAUCCCACAAAACCAUAUUUGGGUUCUGUUCGAAUUAAAGAAAUCUGUUAAUGACAGUUGCUUGUACCAAGCAAUGGCAGAAUUAACUGCCGACGAUUUUAAAUCUGUGUAUGCAGUUUUUGCUGGUAAAGCUGUAGCAUUUCUCCAGGACAAUUUAAACUUCACCAAUCAAGAACAAAGUGCUGAAGAAUUAGUAGAUCUGUACAAUUACCCUGAAGGUGCAAUAACCGGGGGCGGCGACAAGAUCGCAAGAACAGUCUUAAAUUGCCCCAAGCGAAAGCGGGUUCAACG